AUGGAUUCCAAGGGAGGGAACCCGUUCCUGAUGGACGACUACGGGAUCGAGUCGAACGACAACAGGAUGGCCAACCAAGCGUCGAACCCUUUCCUCCAGGAUUUCACGGACGCGGGGACAACCGGCGGAGGGGAGAAUCCAUUCUUGAAUUUUGGCGCAGACCAAUCCUAUCAAUCAUCGGCCAUCACCGUCGACUCGACGAAUCCGUUCGCCUCGUUCGCCGCAGAAACGACCGCGGCGAGCACCGGCUUCGAGGCCAUCAGCGACGCUACGACCGCCAAUAUAUUCUCUACCGAAUCUAGCAACAUUUUCGCGACAACUGACGACGAGUCGAGCUCGAAUCUGUUCGACGUACCGAUCUCCCCUCAAGCGAGCGACGAACUGUUCGGCCAGGAGUUGCAGUCUGCACCACCGCCGUCACCGGCGGUACCUGUCACACCACCCCAAGCCAAGAAUGGCAGGCCUGCACCGUCCAGACCUCCACCGCCGAGACCUCAACCACCCACGCCCCCUAAGAACACCAAAGACUUGAUCCUGUCAGUCACCGGAGCCAUGGAUGCUACGUCUAAUCAUCUUCUGGAUCGAUUACAGGCAACGAGGACACCCAGUCCAACGUUGAUGCACUCUCCGUCACCAACGCCGGAGCACAGUUACGCCGACUUCCUGGACGUGGACUCGAACGUGCCGGACCUGAUGUCCGACGACAGCAAAACGGUGGCAGAGCCACCAAAGAACAUUCUGGAUCUGUUCGAUGCCCCGAAUACAGACGACACGACGACUACCACUAUAUUCUCCUCCUCGAUGGCCACCGAGGACACCGCCAAUUUGGUGGCAGGUGUGCCUCUGAUCAGCGCUACCAUCGGCCAAGAGAACCCAUUCGUCAGCAUCACGGAGCAGGAAGCGUCGCCGACACAGGCGGAAGACAGUUUCAAGUCAGACUUCCCGGAGACAGCGUCUGUAACCAGCGAGAAGAGAGCCUCUAUAGCCUCGACGACAGGUGUUAUCGGAAGCGACACCGAGAAGGCUGGCAUUGAUCUGGAUUUCUCCGCAGAAUCGCCCGUUAUCUCGGAGACUGUGCAGUCGUCGGCCACCGGGGCUGAAUUGUUCACGACCAGUAUUACCCACGAGCAACUGACCGCGACCACUAGCGAGUCCGCGUUCUUCUCUGUCACCGACGCAACAACGUUGUCUUCUGGACCGUUUGGGACCGCGGCGACGUCCAUGCAAACGCCUAGCACGCAAUCUCUGUUUGCAAGCACGGAAAUCGCUGUAGCUACCAGCGAACCUAGCGGCACAUUCGCUUCUGAUUUGCUUGGUGAUUUUGCCGAACCCGCCAGGGACACCAGCGGUGUCAUCAGUCCGACUCCUGGAGCUGAGUUCCCUGCCAGCGAGGCGUACAAGCCCGAGGAACAGCUGGAUAAUUUUGCAGCCACUACGAAAGCCAUUGAAAAUACCGGCGACGCUUUCGACAUCUUUGCCUCGAAGUUCGAUAAAGCUGCAGAGCAGGAAACCAGCGGUGGGGAUCCUUUCUUGGACGCGUUUGGCGGCGGGCCUACUGCCAUGGACACGUCUAGCGAUGUUUGGGGUGAUUCGUCUGCAACGGGGUCAGAGACAGCAGUGACUGGAUUCGGUGAAGCUGAUGGGUUUGACUCGUUCCUCAGUAUGACUGCCCCCCCUGCAGAACCAACCGUAAAGAGAACCGAGUCUGUAGAAUCGGAUGCGGGACCAGAUUUCAGUGUAUUUAUUAAACCUAAAGAGGAUGACCAGGGUGGAGCAAUGGAAGGUAGAGCUGUCCCUGCGUUAGCGCCACCGCCAAAAAGUCCUCAGAACACAGCUUACGCCGACACCUCGCCACGAUUCAAUCCUUUCGACAAAUCAGGAUUCGCACAGGAUGCUAUCCCCACUGCAGAAGUUGUUCAGCCUGCUGAGAUCACUAGGACAGAUUCUCAGGAAACUCCUCCAACACCCCUGUUCGACGAAGACGUCAGCCAACCUUUGGAAGAUUUCCCAAGAGUGACGUAUACCGGUGACGGUUGGGAAAUGCAUCUACGCCAACCCAACAAGAAGAAGAUCACCGGCCAACGAUUCUGGAAAAAGAUCUUCGUGAAGUUGGUCUACCAGGGUGACAAUCCUGUACUGCAGUUGUUUAACAGCAGGGAGGACAAGGACCCCUUCCAAGAAUUACCUCUGGUCCCUUCUUACUCGAUAUCUGACAUCGGGGCGCAGCAGUUUGAUCAAUAUGGGAAAAUAUUUACGGUGAAGUUGCAGUAUAUUUUCUACAAGGAACGACCUGGUGUACGACCCGGCCAAGUGACAAAGGCGGAGAGGUUAACGAAUAAAUUGAGCCAGUUCGCCGCGUACGCCAUUCAGGGUGAUUAUCAAGGGGUGAAGGAAUUUGGAAGCGAUCUGAGGAAGCUUGGCCUUCCCGUGGAACACGCGCCACAAGUAUAACUUCUUUUUAUAUUAGAAUUGA